AUGGAGUUUGUGGUUCCUCAGAAAGAACUACUGGGAGCGGCGGCGGUGUCGGCAGCGGCUGUAACGAAGAGAGUUUGGCGCGAUGUCUCACACCAUUUUGCUGACACCACCACACGUCUCCUGCUGGGUGCCAUUGCGGUCCUUCUGUUCGCCAUCUUGGUGGUGAUGAGCAUCUUGGCUUCCAAGGGCUGCAUCAAGUGUGAAGCGCCCUGCCCAGAGGACUGGCUACUCUACGGAAGGAAGUGUUACUUCUUUUCUGAGGAACCCAGAGACUGGAACACAGGCAGGCAGUACUGCCACACCCACGAGGCAGUGCUGGCUGUGAUUCAGAGCCAGAAGGAGCUGGAAUUUAUGUUCAAGUUCACGCGGAGGGAGCCCUGGAUUGGACUACGCAGAGUUGGGGACGAAUUCCACUGGGUCAACGGGGACCCGUUUGAUCCAGACACGUUCACCAUCGCAGGUCCAGGGGAGUGUGUCUUCGUGGAGCCCACCAGGCUGGUGUCGACGGAAUGUCUGAUGACCCGGCCCUGGGUGUGCAGCAAGAUGGCCUAUACGUGAGGUGGGUGGGGCCAGAGGUGGCCCCUCCCCCCAGGCCUGUGGGAGGUGUCUGCCCGAGACCUGCUCCAGCGGAGCCGCCUGCCCUCUGCAAGACCAAGCAGUGGGGUGGGUGGCCUCUGCCCCAGGCCCCUCUCCCAGGCCCUGACGCUCUGAGUCCCUGGUUCCUGGCCUCCUUUGUCUCCAGGCAGGUCGUGUGGCUCAGCAGUUAAAUCCCAUAUGCUAAG